AUGGCGGCCGUGCGCGGGGCGCCCCUGCUCGGCUGCUUCCUGGCGCUGCUGGCGCUGUGCCCCGGGGGGCGCCCGCAGACGGUGCUGACCGACGACGAAAUCGAGGAGUUCCUCGAGGGCUUCCUGUCGGAGCUGGAGCACGAGCCCCGGGAGGACGACGUGGAAGCCCCGCCGCCUCCCGAGCCCACCCAGCGCGUCCGCAAAGCCAAGGCGGGGGCGCGACCGGGGGCGGCCGCGGAAGUGCCUCCAGAAAAAGCCAAAGACAAAGGGAAGAAAGACAAGAAGGACAAAGGCCCCAAGGCGACCAAGCAGCCCCUGGAGGGGUCCCCCAGGCUGCCCAAGAAGGGGAAGGAGAAGCCACCCAAGGCCACCAAGAAACCCAAGGAGAAGCCACCCAAGGCCACCAAGAAGCCCAAGGAGAAGCGACCCAAGGCUACCAAGAAGCCCAAGGAGAAGCCACCUAAGGCCACCAAGAGGCCCCUGGCAGGGAAAAAGCCCCCAACUCUGGACCCCUCAGAAACCCUGGAGUGGCCACUGCCCCCGCCUCCCAGCCCUGAGGAGCUGCCCCAGGAGGGAGGGGGGGCCCUCCCAAACACCCGGCAGGGCCCAGGAGAGGAGACGCACGUGGAGGCACGGCAGCACCAGCCUGAGCCAGAGGAGGAGACCGAGCUGCCCACACUGGACUACAACGACCAGAUAGAGAGGGAGGACUACGAAGACUUCGAGUACAUCCGGCGCCAGAAGAAGCCCAGGCCACCGCCAAGCAGGAGGAGGCCCGAGCGGCUCUGGCCGGAGCGCCCUGAGGAGAAGGCCGAGGCCCCGGAGGAGGAGAGGAUCGAGCCGCCUCUGAAGCCUCUGCCGCCCCUGCCACCCCCCGACUAUGGGGGUGGCUACGUGAUCCCCAACUACGAUGACAUGGACUAUUACUUCCCGCCUCUCCCGCCCCAGAAGCCUGACGCUGAGCACGAGACGGACGAAGAGAAGGAGGGGCUGAAGAAACCCAAAAAGGAGGGCAGCGGUCCCAAGGAGGAGGAGACAGACAAGUGGGCUGUGGAGAAGGGCAAGGACCACAAAGGGCCUGGGAAGGGUGAGGAGUCGGAAGAGGAAUGGAUUCCCACAGAGAGAGUCAAGUGCCCCCCCAUCGGGAUGGAGUCGCACCGCAUCGAGGACAACCAGAUCCGAGCCUCUUCCAUGCUGCGCCACGGCCUGGGGGCACAGCGCGGCCGGCUCAACAUGCAGGCCGGUGCCAACGAGGAUGACUACUAUGAUGGGGCGUGGUGUGCUGAGGACGACGGGAGGACCCAGUGGAUCGAGGUGGACACCAGAAGGACUACUCGGUUCACAGGCAUCAUCACCCAGGGCCGAGACUCUAGCAUCCAUGACGACUUUGUGACCACCUUCUUCGUGGGCUUCAGCAAUGACAGCCAGACGUGGGUGAUGUACACCAACGGCUAUGAGGAAAUGACCUUCCACGGGAAUGUGGACAAGGACACACCUGUGCUGAGCGAGCUCCCAGAGCCGGUGGUGGCCCGCUUCAUCCGCAUCUUCCCGAUCACCUGGAAUGGCAGCCUGUGCAUGCGCCUGGAAGUAUUGGGGUGCCCUGUGUCUCCCAUCCACAGCUACUACGCACAGAAUGAGGUGGUGGCCACUGACGACCUGGACUUCAGGCACCACAGCUACAAGGACAUGCGCCAGCUGAUGAAGGUUGUGAAUGAGGAAUGCCCCACCAUCACCCGCACAUACAGCCUGGGCAAGAGCUCGAGAGGGCUCAAGAUCUACGCCAUGGAGAUCUCGGACAACCCUGGGGAGCACGAGCUGGGGGAGCCUGAGUUCCGCUACACAGCUGGCAUCCAUGGCAAUGAGGUGCUGGGCCGAGAGCUGCUGCUGCUGCUCAUGCAGUACCUGUGCCGCGAGUACCGCGAUGGUAACCCCCGCGUGCGCAGCCUGGUGCAGGACACACGCAUCCACCUGGUGCCCUCCCUCAACCCUGAUGGCUACGAGGUGGCCGCGCAAAUGGGCUCAGAAUUUGGGAAUUGGGCACUGGGACUGUGGACCGAGGAGGGCUUUGACAUCUUUGAGGACUUCCCGGAUCUGAACUCUGUCCUCUGGGGAGCCGAGGAGAGGAAAUGGGUCCCCUACCGGGUCCCCAACAAUAACCUGCCCAUCCCCGAACGCUACCUCUCCCCAGAUGCCACGGUGUCCACAGAGGUCCGGGCCAUCAUCGCCUGGAUGGAGAAGAACCCCUUUGUCCUGGGAGCAAACCUCAAUGGCGGAGAGCGGCUGGUGUCCUACCCCUAUGACAUGGUGCGCGCGCCAACCCAGGAGCAGCUGCUCGCUGCAGCCAUGGCAGCCGCCCGGGGAGAGGACGAGGACGAGGCAUCUGAGGCCCAGGAGACCCCCGACCACGCAAUCUUCCGCUGGCUGGCCAUCUCCUAUGCCUCCGCCCACCUCACCAUGACCGAGCCCUACCGGGGAGGGUGCCAGGCCCAGGACUACACUGGCAGCAUGGGCAUCGUCAACGGGGCCAAGUGGAACCCCCGAUCGGGGACUAUCAAUGACUUCAGUUACCUGCACACCAACUGCCUGGAGCUCUCUAUCUACCUGGGCUGUGACAAGUUCCCUCACGAGAGCGAGCUGCCCGGCGAGUGGGAGAACAACAAGGAGGCGCUGCUCACCUUCAUGGAGCAGGUGCACCGCGGCAUUAAGGGAGUGGUGACGGAUGAGCAAGGAAUCCCCAUUGCUAAUGCCACCAUCUCCGUGAGUGGCAUUAACCACGGUGUGAAGACAGCAAGCGGUGGUGAUUACUGGCGCAUCCUGAACCCGGGUGAGUACCGUGUGACGGCCCACGCAGAAGGCUACACCCCGAGUGCCAAGACCUGCAAUGUGGACUACGACAUUGGGGCCACCCAGUGCAACUUCAUCCUGGCUCGUUCCAACUGGAAGCGCAUCCGGGAGAUCUUGGCCAUGAAUGGGAACCGACCCAUCCCACACAUCGACCCAUCACGCCCCAUGACCCCCCAGCAGCGGCACCUGCAGCAGCGGCGCCUGCGGUACCGGCUGCGGAUGCGAGAACAGAUGCGGCUGCGGCGUCUCAACACCACCACUGCCAGCCCGACCGUGCCCCCCACGCCGCCCCCCACCCCCACUCCCUCAUCCACCCCAAGCACUACACUGGGGCUCUGGGGCCUUUUGCCCCUGACCACCACUGGCUGGCAGGAGUCGGAGACCGAGACCUACACAGAGGUGGUGACAGAGCUUGGGACUGAGCUGGAGCCAGUUGUGGAGGAGACAGAGGUGAAGGAGGAGGAGACAGAGAUGGAAGAGGUGGAAGAGGAGGAGGCGGCAGAGGUGGAGGAGGAGGAAGAGGAGGAAGAGGAAGCAGAGAUGGUCACUGGCUGGGCAUUCCCCUUCACAACAGUUGAGACUUACACAGUGAACUUUGGGGACUUCUGAGAUCAGGGUCCCACCAAGGCUCUGGCCCAGCUCAAGCUACAGCAGUGUUUCCCGAGCCCCUACCCACAGUCACAUCACCCACCAGCACGAUGGCCCCUAGGUGGCCCAGCAGGAAUGGCCGGUCCUGCCCCCCGAGGGGGCGCAAACAAGACCAAGACUUAAAAGCCAGCAUCUGAGCAGAGGCUCCUGCUCCGCCUGCCAGCUUCAUAAAGGCCGGGAUGGCUGCAGGUUGAAGGAGCCAAGGUCACACCAAUAAAACAAGGUCAUGGCA